AAAUGAGCAAAAUAAAACAAACAUAGAACAACUAACUUUAUACAAUUACAAUAGAUCUGCCUGUGUUAAAAGAGCAACAUAACAUCUAUGGAUUUCAAGAAAAGACAGUAAUCAGAAUCCUCUAGGACUAAGCUCUAUGCAGACACGCGCAGUGGUGUACAAGAGGACUGAGGGUGGGUUAAAAGGGGAAUAUGAGCUGAAAGAAACGUUUGAGUGCCCCCAAGUUGAUGAGGGGAGUGUAGUUGUGAAGAUCAAAGCAUGUGGACUGGAUCUUAUCCGAAAUAGAAAGAUUCUUGAGGACAUGCAUCUGUUGGCUGGACAGGAGCAGCCGGUUGGUGCAGACAUCUCUGGAGUUGUCACUCAAGUUGGUUCAGGUGUGACAAGAGUUUCUGUUGGAGAUGAAGUAGUAGGUGUGGUCCCUCUUUCAAGUGAAUCUGCAGGGUGCUCAAUGAACUGUGUUCUGUCUGAGUAUGAUCUUGUAUCAAAGCCAGAGAAGGUUGGCCACGUAGAUGCUGCAGCAUGCAUAGGAGAUGGAAUCAAAGCAUACACUGGACUGUUCUACCAGGCUCAUGUCUGCGGUGGCGAAACUGUUCUUAUCAUGGAUGGUGCAUCUUCCUUUGGUCUUGUUGCCAUCCAGCUAGUGCAGUCUUGGGGAGCAAAGGUUUUGACAACAGCUGCUAGCGAAGAGGAGGUCCUCCUUCUCGAGAGUCUACAGCCUCAUGUUGGAUAUGUGAUAGACAUGAGAGAGGGGUGCUCCCUGGUGGACACAUGUAUGGAGGAGACAGGGGGUCUGGGUGUGGACUGCAUUAUUGACAAUGGAGUUACCCUCUAUUCUGAAGACUUCACAGAGCAUGCUCCGCAGUCCAAGAUACAUGGUACAGCAGGUCACGGCAUUCCCACCAAACAUGAUUUACUGAGCUGUCUUGCUGUUGGUGGUCGUUGGGUGACAUCGCAGGCGGAUCUUCAACUGGACCCCCCUGACUCUCAGUUGAUGUAUCUAAAGGGAGCCUCUCUCAGCUUUCUGUUUGAGCAUACAUGGACUCUCUCAAGAGGGCAGCAUGGGAGAUAUCUUCAUAUUCUAGCGGAUAUUAUGGAGAAAUUGGCCAACUCUCUAAUCAGGCCUGUGGUACAUCACACAGUCUCUCUGGACGACGCGUGUAAAGCGCUUCAAAGCCUUCACAAGCAGAGGGUCGGCAAAGUCGUCGUUACCAUGUAGAUAUCGUAUUUUGUAGCCAUAUAAGAGAACUGACCGAUUUCCAGGUAAUUGGGGGUCCUGUGGAGAUUGACCGCAAAAGCGAGGCGUUGACAGUCAGAAUUUGUCUGAUGACAGAAACUUUUUGUCCGUCUUUUUGCUGCCACAGGGUGGAACAGUACUAUUAGUCGCCAUUUUAAUCAGAUACCAGUGCAGGCAACAAGGACUUUGACAAUACUACUAAUCUUACUCAUACUACUAAUCUUACUAAUACUACUAAUCUUACUUAUAAUACAGAAAUCAUAUAUUUUGA